UGUAAAACACUAUUAUGGCAGCACUGGCCUUGUCAUUUAAGUAACAGGAAAAUGUCAGUUUGCAAACGUUUUUUUAAUAAUUUUAUAGUAAAUAAAUAAGUGAGGGCAGAAUUUAAAACAAUUUGGAUCUGUAUUUAUUUCAGAAAUUAAAUAAAAAUGCUUCCGUUAUCCUUGCUCAAAACGGCACAAAGUCAUCCGAUGUUAGUUGAAUUAAAAAAUGGAGAAACUUAUAAUGGGCAUUUAGUAAGUUGCGAUACAUGGAUGAAUAUCAAUUUGCGUGACGUAAUUUGUACAUCAAAAGACGGUGAUAGAUUUUGGCGUAUGCCAGAAUGUUAUAUUCGAGGUAGCACUAUUAAGUAUCUUCGUAUACCAGAUGAAGUUAUUGAUAUGGUAAAAGAGGAUGCUCAAGUAAAAUCAAGAAAUCGAACGGAUAUGAAAACCAAUCGUUCUGGAGGUGGAAAUACUGGAAAUCCUAACCAAAGAAGUCGGCAAGGAAAUCGUAAUUUCAACAAUAGAACGCCCGGUAUUGGUGGAAAUAGGGCGUCGUCGCAGGGAAACAGACCAUUAGCUCAAACUAAUAAGGUUAUGAACAAAAAUUAGUUAUUUUAAGGUGAUAUUUGUGUAAAAGUUGCUAAAAUGCAAAACUUUAUUUCUGAAUAACCAUAGUAUUUAAGCAAACUAUUUUUGAAAUGGAAAUUAAAAUUAAUUUAAAUGA